AUGUCCGAACAACCUACCAAAAAUCCAAUUAUUUUCGCUCCAGAAACUUACCAAUACGAUAAGGACUCGCUCGAUGAGCGCCAAGUGUGCAGCGAUCCUAUAGUACAGUUCACCAAAUGGUUUGCCGAGGCGCAAGCGGAUCCAACGGAAACAAUUCCCGAGGCUGUGAAUUUUGCCUCUGCCGAGCUCCCAAGCGGAAGGAUCUCUUCCAGAGUUUUGCUAUUCAAAGAGCUAGACGAUCGCGGCUUCACAAUUUACUCCAACUGGGAAACGUCGAAAAAAGCACAGGACAUCAGGAGCAACCCACAAGCAGCUUUAAACUUCUUUUGGAAAAACCUGCAAAGACAGGUUAGAGUAGAGGGCCUUGUUGAAAAGGUUAGCCGUGAAACCUCCGAACGUUACUUUAGCACGAGGCCUCGUGGAUCUAAAGUAGGUGCUUGGUCUUCGCCUCAAUCGGCUGUUCUCAAGGAUCGCGAUGAGCUCAAGAAACUUGUCGAUGACAAUGAAGCUCGUUUUGAAGGCGUAGAGGAUAUUCCCUGCCCGGAAUUCUGGGGCGGUGUGCGCGUGGUUCCCUUGCUCGUGGAGUUUUGGCAAGGAAGACCCAGUCGUUUGCACGACCGCGUGGUGUACCAAAGAGAAUCCGAAAAUGAUCCCUGGGAGCUCUUAAGAAUAGCUCCCUAA